UGGUGAAGGCAGCAAGGUGGCAGCCCUGGUGGUGGUGAAGCAUCAGUCAGCCGGGCGAGGCAGCAGCGCACACACCACCUACCACCACUUCUCACACUACCAUGAGGGAAAUUGUUCACAUCCAGACCGGCCAGUGCGGCAACCAGAUCGGGACCAAGUUCUGGGAAAUCAUCAGUGAUGAACAUGGCAUUCAACCAACGGGAGAAUAUACUGCUGGUGUGGAGAAAGAGCUGAUGGAUCUUCAGUUAGAGCGCAUUAACGUAUACUACAAUGAGGGCAAUCAGGGAAAGUAUGUUCCACGUGCUGUCUUGGUGGAUCUGGAGCCUGGCACCAUGGACAGUGUUCGGGCAGGACCUCAUGGUCAGCUUUUUAAGCCAGACAGUUUUGUAUUUGGUCAGAGUGGUGCUGGAAAUAACUGGGCAAAGGGUCACUACACAGAAGGAGCAGAACUAGUAGACUCUGUAUUGGAUGUUGUCAGAAAGGAAUCUGAAAAGUGUGACUGUUUGCAAGGAUUUCAGUUAACUCAUUCCUUGGGUGGUGGUACUGGUUCAGGAAUGGGUACCCUCCUUGUAUCAAAAAUCCGUGAAGAAUUCCCAGACAGGAUCAUGGUUACUUUCUCUGUUGUGCCCUCUCCAAAGGUAUCUGAUACAGUAGUGGAACCUUACAAUGCUACCCUCUCAAUUCAUCAGCUAGUUGAAAACACAGAUGAAACUUACUGUAUUGACAAUGAGGCAUUGUAUGACAUUUGCUUCAGAACGCUCAAACUGCAAAACCCAACUUACGGAGAUCUGAAUCACUUAGUUUCCCUCACAAUGUCUGGCGUGACUACGUGUUUAAGGUUCCCUGGUCAGCUAAAUGCUGAUCUCCGGAAGCUUGCUGUUAACAUGGUGCCCUUCCCUAGACUUCACUUCUUCAUGCCUGGAUUUGCUCCUCUUACCGCCCGUGGAUCACAACAGUAUCGUGCUCUCACAGUUCCAGAACUCACUCAGCAGAUGUUUGAUGCAAAGAACAUGAUGGCUGCAUGUGAUCCUCGUCAUGGACGUUACCUUACUGUUGCUGCUAUCUUCCGUGGCAGAAUGUCAAUGCGGGAAGUUGAUGAUCAGAUGUACAACAUCCAGAACAAGAAUUCCUCAUUCUUUGUAGAAUGGAUUCCCAAUAAUGUUAAGACAGCAGUGUGUGACAUUCCACCUCGAGGCUUAAAAAUGUCUUCUACAUUCAUUGGAAAUUCUACUGCUAUCCAGGAAUUGUUCAAGCGUGUUAGUGAACAGUUCACAGCUAUGUUCAGGCGCAAGGCUUUCCUCCAUUGGUACACUGGAGAAGGUAUGGAUGAAAUGGAGUUCACAGAAGCUGAAUCCAACAUGAAUGAUCUGGUUUCAGAAUACCAGCAGUACCAGGAAGCUACUGCUGAUGAUGAAGCAGAAUUUGAGGAAGAGGGUGAAGUUGAAGGAGAGUACGAUUAACUUUUUUUGAUCUUUCCAAUGCUAUUGGUAGAAUUAUUCUUCUGCCAACUUCAGUAUUUUCAUAGUGUAAUCAAAGGAUACCAAUGAAACUGCAUUUCAUUCUUCAGUUAACUACCAUGUAGUUUUUUCCAUACAACAUUCCUGUUUUGUUCUAUUUUUGUUUACAGCUUGUAUUAAAGUUUUUAAUUACAAAA